AGAAGAAUAUAUUGCAACAUUCAAGGGAUCGGAAUAUUUCUGCUAUGAUUUGUCCCAGAACCCCAUACAGAGCAGCAGUGAUGAAAUAACUCUGUCAUUUAAAACUCUUCAGAGGAACGGACUGAUGCUUCAUACAGGAAAAUCAGCUGAUUAUGUCAAUCUUGCACUGAAAAAUGGAGCUGUUUCGUUGGUCAUUAAUUUGGGCUCAGGGGCGUUUGAAGCACUGGUGGAACCUGUGAAUGGAAAAUUUAAUGACAAUGCCUGGCAUGAUGUGAAAGUAACCAGGAAUCUGCGUCAGCACUCAGGCAUUGGACACGCUAUGGUGACAAUAUCAGUGGAUGGAAUUCUGACUACUACGGGCUACACGCAAGAAGACUACACCAUGCUGGGUUCUGAUGACUUUUUCUAUGUUGGUGGCAGUCCAAGCACAGCAGACCUACCAGGGUCACCAGUCAGUAACAACUUUAUGGGCUGUCUCAAAGAGGUUGUAUAUAAAAAUAACGAUGUCAGACUGGAGUUAUCUCGACUUGCCAAGCAAGGAGAUCCUAAAAUGAAGAUUCAUGGAGUUGUAGCAUUUAAAUGUGAGAAUGUUGCAACCUUGGAUCCAAUCACAUUUGAAACACCGGAGUCUUUCAUCUCUUUGCCAAAGUGGAAUGCCAAGAAAACAGGGUCAAUAUCAUUUGACUUUCGCACAACUGAGCCAAAUGGACUGAUUCUUUUCAGUCAUGGAAAACCAAGGCAUCAGAAAGAUGCCAAACACCCACAAAUGGUAAAGGUUGACUUCUUUGCCAUUGAGAUGCUUGAUGGUUACCUUUACCUGCUCCUAGAUAUGGGAUCGGGUACAAUUAAAAUAAAAGCCUUGCAAAAGAAAGUGAAUGAUGGAGAGUGGUACCAUGUGGACUUUCAGCGGGAUGGACGGUCAGGUACCAUUUCUGUGAACACAUUACGUACACCUUACACUGCACCAGGAGAAAGCGAAAUCCUAGACCUAGAUGAUGACUUGUAUCUCGGGGGCUUGCCAGAAAAUAAAGCAGGGCUGGUCUUUCCAACAGAGGUGUGGACAGCACUUCUCAAUUAUGGAUAUGUUGGCUGCAUCAGAGACUUGUUUAUUGAUGGCCAAAGCAAGGAUAUUCGACAAAUGGCUGAAAUUCAAAGCACUGCUGGAGUGAAACCCUCAUGCUCAAGAGAAACUGCAAAACCAUGCCUGAGCAACCCCUGUAAAAACAAUGGUGUAUGCAGGGAUGGGUGGAACAGAUAUAUCUGUGAUUGUUCUGGUACAGGCUACCUUGGCAGAUCAUGUGAGAGAGAGGCAACAGUUUUAAGCUAUGAUGGAAGUAUGUUUAUGAAGAUACAGCUCCCUGUUGUGAUGCAUACAGAGGCAGAAGAUGUGUCCUUACGGUUCAGGUCUCAGCGAGCUUAUGGCAUUUUAAUGGCAACUACUUCUAGGGAAUCUGCAGAUACACUUCGUUUGGAGCUGGAUGCAGGACGAGUUAAACUAACAGUCAACCUAGACUGUAUCAGGAUUAACUGUAAUUCCAGCAAAGGUCCAGAAACCCUUUUUGCUGGCUAUAACCUCAAUGAUAACGAGUGGCACACGGUACGUGUGGUUCGUCGAGGAAAAAGUUUAAAGUUAAUGGUGGAUGACCAACAAGCUAUGACAGGUCAAAUGGCUGGUGAUCACACGAGACUGGAAUUCCAUAACAUAGAGACAGGAAUAAUAACAGAACGCCGCUACCUGUCCUCUGUUCCCUCUAAUUUCAUUGGACAUCUGCAGAGUCUCACAUUUAACGGCAUGGCAUACAUUGACCUAUGUAAAAAUGGAGACAUUGAUUAUUGUGAGCUAAAUGCCAGAUUUGGGUUCAGGAAUAUCAUAGCAGAUCCUGUCACCUUCAAAACAAAAGCAAGCUAUGUUGCACUGGCCACGCUACAAGCCUACACAUCUAUGCACCUUUUUUUCCAGUUCAAAACAACAUCACUAGAUGGACUGAUACUCUAUAACAGUGGAGAUGGAAAUGAUUUCAUUGUAGUUGAAUUAGUUAAAGGGUAUUUACACUAUGUGUUUGAUUUGGGAAAUGGUGCGAAUCUCAUCAAAGGAAGUUCCAAUAAACCUCUGAAUGACAAUCAGUGGCACAAUGUGAUGAUAUCGAGGGAUACCAAUAAUCUUCAUACUGUGAAGAUUGACACUAAAAUCACAACACAAAGCACAGCAGGAGCCAGAAACUUAGACCUCAAAAGUGAUUUGUAUAUUGGAGGAGUGGCGAAAGAAAUGUAUAAAUCCUUACCAAAACUGGUACAUGCAAAGGAGGGAUUUCAAGGUUGCCUUGCAUCAGUUGACUUAAAUGGACGUCUGCCUGAUCUGAUCUCGGAUGCCCUGUUUUGCAAUGGGCAAAUAGAAAGAGGAUGUGAAGGCCCCAGUACCACAUGCCAAGAGGAUUCGUGUGCAAACCAAGGAGUGUGCUUGCAGCAGUGGGAUGGAUUCAGCUGUGACUGCAGUAUGACCUCCUUUAGUGGACCAUUGUGCAAUGACCCGGGAACAACAUAUAUCUUUAGCAAAGGUGGUGGACAAAUCACAUACACGUGGCCUCCUAAUGAUCGGCCAAGCACUCGUGCUGACAGACUGGCAAUAGGGUUUAGCACUGUUCAAAAAGAAGCAGUUUUGGUACGAGUAGACAGUUCUACUGGGCUUGGAGACUAUUUAGAGCUGCAUAUUCUCCAGGGAA